CGCUCACCUCCGCUUUACCGGCCUCCAUUUCCUCCUCUCCGCUCCUUCACUCUCUCUCCUUCUCCUACCUCUAUUUCCCCUCUCCGCACAAACCCUGACCCUAGCCCUAACGCUAGCGCCAACACCACCGUCGCCACCUCCUCCCCGGAACCCUAACCCUAACGCUAGGUGCUUCUACGGAGAGGCGGAGAAGAUGAGGGAGAUACUCCACAUCCAGGGGGGGCAAUGCGGGAACCAGAUCGGGGCCAAGUUUUGGGAGGUGAUCUGCGACGAGCACGGGAUCGACCACACGGGAAAGUACAGCGGCGACUCCGAGCUCCAGCUGGAGCGGAUCAACGUCUACUACAACGAGGCGAGCUGCGGCCGCUACGUCCCCCGCGCCGUGCUCAUGGAUCUCGAGCCCGGGACCAUGGACUCGGUGCGGUCGGGGCCCUUUGGGCAGAUCUUUCGCCCCGAUAACUUCGUCUUUGGGCAAUCUGGGGCCGGGAACAACUGGGCCAAGGGGCACUACACCGAGGGCGCUGAGCUCAUCGACGCCGUGCUCGACGUGGUGCGCAAGGAGGCCGAGAACUGCGAUUGCUUGCAAGGAUUCCAGGUAUGCCACUCUUUGGGAGGAGGCACUGGUUCCGGCAUGGGCACGCUUCUCAUCUCUAAGAUCAGAGAAGAGUACCCGGAUCGCAUGAUGCUGACGUUCUCUGUCUUCCCCUCGCCGAAGGUCUCGGACACUGUUGUGGAACCUUACAAUGCUACCCUCUCUGUUCAUCAGCUUGUUGAGAAUGCUGACGAGUGUAUGGUCCUCGACAAUGAAGCUCUUUAUGACAUUUGCUUCCGUACUCUGAAGCUCGCUACUCCUACUUUUGGCGAUCUCAACCACCUAAUCUCGGCCACAAUGAGCGGAGUCACCUGCUGCCUUCGCUUCCCGGGGCAGCUCAACUCUGACCUGCGCAAGCUGGCAGUCAACCUCAUCCCCUUCCCCCGUCUCCACUUCUUCAUGGUCGGCUUUGCCCCCCUCACCUCCCGUGGCUCCCAGCAGUACCGUGCCCUCACCGUCCCGGAGCUCACCCAGCAGAUGUGGGACUCCAAGAACAUGAUGUGCGCCGCCGACCCCCGCCACGGCCGCUACCUCACCGCCUCCGCCAUGUUCCGCGGCAAGAUGUCCACCAAAGAGGUCGACGAGCAGAUGAUCAACGUCCAAAACAAGAACUCUUCCUACUUCGUUGAGUGGAUCCCGAACAACGUGAAAUCAAGCGUGUGCGAUAUCCCUCCAAAGGGGUUGAAGAUGGCGUCGACUUUCAUUGGGAACUCGACUUCGAUCCAGGAGAUGUUCCGGAGGGUGAGCGAGCAGUUCACGGCCAUGUUUAGGAGGAAGGCUUUCCUUCACUGGUACACCGGGGAGGGGAUGGACGAGAUGGAGUUCACCGAGGCAGAGAGCAACAUGAACGACCUGGUCGCUGAGUACCAGCAGUAUCAGGACGCUACGGCGGACGAGGAAGAGUACGAGGAGGAAGAGGAGGAGGAGGUCGCCGCUUGAGUGCUCCUUACUACACUUCUGAUGUUAAGACAUGCUUUCUAUGUCUCUGUACUGGUUUUUUACGACUCUUGAAUGUGUUGCUUGUGAUGAUGCUGUGCUUUUGAACCUAAACCUCUGCAAGGGUGUUUGUGUUUCUUCUUGUUGGUUUGGUUGUAACCCUCCUUCGGUAUGCGUGUGAGUUUAUGACUUGUUCUUGAUGGACAAUUUCCAAUUGAAUCGUACCUUCGGGGAUUCUAAAGUUAA